AUGGACCUUGAUGCGGUGCCUGAUGAGGAGCUUGAGAAUGUGGUGCUGAAGUAUAUUGACUGUCCAUACUUUAAAAACAACCCGCUGUAUAUUUCGCUUUGGGAGCGCUACUACAGCAUUUGCAAAAGCCCGGCAGUGCUUUUUUUGAUGAGGUAUAAAAAAAUAUCGCAGUACUAUCACUGGAUCUAUCUUGAACUCUCGAGGUAUUUCAAAAGCACAGGAAGGAGCUGGAUGUGUAGACAUGUGAUUCUAAUGGGAAUGCAUUGCAAUGCACAUGACGCGAGCGUUCUGCAGAAGGAGAUGGACAGUGUGCCUGAGGAUGACUGCAGGCAUUCUGAGAACGAUAUAAAUGCACUGAUGAACCCAAAAGGGUUUUUUGUGUUUGGAAAGGCUUGGAAUGCAUAUGAAGAGAGGCUGUCGUACAAUAGAAUGCUUUUUACCUGUGGAGAGGAGGAAAUGUCUUUUGAGGAGUUCAGGGCACGUGCACAUAUCCGUAAUGAAGAGCGUGCACAGAUUGAAUUAGAGGAUGGAUGGGUGCAUUUUGGAUAUGCUUGCAAUGAGGAUGAGAGAAAAGAUGGAGUGGCAGUGUCUGACCUGCAAAUGAGCAUAGGGCAUGUUGAUGCAAAAGUGGAUUUACAGGUGGGAAGCACACUGGUUGUUGAAGGCUGUGCCUACUAUAUCAAAAGCAUGGUGAAUAAAUAUGCAUAUGAAGUUGUGUGCUUGCAUAAAGAUGCAGCACAUGUGUUGCAGAUGAACAAGACAGCAUAUGUUCUUCAGGAGGUAUUUGGGCCGGAAAUAUCUGCCAUCCGUGAGAUUGUAUUCGAAUAUGCUCCCGUGAUUUCAAUCAAAAGCAUGGAUGAUAGAUAUUUUGCUGUAUAUGAGCGGUGUUUUGGAACAUUGAAGACAUGUCUUGAUGUGCUAUGGAACACAUAUCCAUCUGUGGUUGUGUACCAUGCACAUCAGGUUAUUGAGAUGCUGAAGAAGCUUGCGGAAACGGGGAAGACGUUUUUGGGGUUUUCGUUGGAAAGCGUGCAAGUGUCAGCAAGAUACACACUUGAAAUAGUAGAUUUUAAAAUGCAGGAUAUUGGUGAUGCACCGAGUGGCAUUGAUGCCUUGUGGAAGAAUGCAGCAAUUGAACUACUACAGAUGUAUGGGCAUGGUCAUCUGUGCACAGACGAAUCUGAAAUUGGGCAUAGAAUACAAGAAUGUGUUGGAAAGAUGGAUGUUUUACGCAUGAUAAGAAAGUGUAAGAUCCUUUUGCAUGAAAGGAGUAUGUCUAUGCAUGAUGGCUGA